UUCCAACAUGACGAAAAAAUUCAUUACCCUCCUAAUAUUUGUUCAAUUUACGCUAGGUGCCAAACGAUAUUUCAUACCAAAUCUAAAGGCAAAUUGGCACAAAGCAAACGAAUUUUGCGUCACGCUUGGAAUGAAUUUGGCUUCUGUAAAAUCCCUAGUGGAACACACCGAACUGAUCAGAUUUGUAGAGAAGACUGACAAAUUUUCAAACGCAACCAGAUUCUGGAUCGGGGCCAGUGAUCUAGCGGAGGAAGGAGUUUAUACCUGGGUAUCCAACGGACACCUAGUAACUUUUACCAAUUGGGCUGACAAUGAACCGAACAAUGUCAACGAUACGGAACACUGUAUUGAAAUCAUUCACAAUACCUACGUGAAUCGUGUUUGGCAAUGGAAUGACAGAGAAUGUCGUAGUGCCAUAGAAUAUUUCAUCUGUGAAACUGCCGACAAACAGUGCAUUGAACAGUUUUAGAAUAAAAUCAUGAGUUUGUUUUU